AAUGUCCAAUUUUUAAUGAAGAAAUAUCUAAACAAAAUUAGACUUAUUUCAAUUAAAAUGUCAUUGACAAUAUUAUAAUCUUUGUUUUCAACUACGUAAAGGCUUAACCGUAAGCCAUGUUUUUUAGUCUGCAGAUUCUCAGAUCUUGCAGUACUGCAUUCAGAUCACAUGUCUACUGCUUGCAUCUAAUAUUUACUUAUGGUUUUACGCAGACCUUUAAUAAAUAAUUUCGGUAGUUUUUAGAUUGUAUUUAUUUGUUUUUAUUUAUUUAUUUAAGAUCUCGUAGACACAGUUGGUUUGGUUUGUAUUUUGCAAAUAAUUACUUUGUUGAAGCUUUGGUAAAGUGAAUUUGCGCUAUAUAAGAAUUAGGAAACCACUGUAAAGUCACCAAUUUGAAAAAGAUCAUUUGAUUUGAAACAUGAAAUUCUUUACGGUAUUAUUCCUCAUCGCUUUCGCGAUCGUCCUGGUUGAAGGUCAACGUGGAUAUGGACGCCGAGGACCUCGUGGACCCCGUGGACUUCGUGGAGCUGGCGGAAGAGGCCUAGAUGGUUUCAGAAGAUCUGGUGGUUUUGGACAAUUUCCAGGAAGACGAGGUUUUGAAGGGCGCACUGGUGGUCGUCCAUGCUUACCUCCACGUCCACGUCCACGUCCAUGCCGACCACGCCCAACUGCCGCCCCUGCAACUGCAGCUCCUGCAACUGCGGCUCCUGUGACAGCUGCUCCAGCAACCGCCGCCCCAGCUACUGCUGCUCCUGCAACUGCUGCUCCUGCAACUGCUGCUCCAGCAACUGCCGCUCCAGCAACGGCUGCUCCCGUAACCGCUGCUCCAGCUACUCCUGUACCCACAAUUGCUCCAUAAAUUUCUUGUCAUUAAAACGUAAAGGGUUUCAAUAUACUAUAUAUUACUAGGCAUCGCUAAAAAAAAUCGCUUAAUCAUUUACAAGAGUUUUAACGGGAGAUGAAAGGGCCUAUUAUUUAUAUGAAUUUAAGGGAAAGGUAAUUAGGAUAGAAAAAGUGGAAGACUUCAAAACCUUAAAGUUAAACAUUAUAUGACCGAGAAAUUGACGUUGAAAUGCUGUAAGCCUAGUUUUAGAAGAACUCAGUCAAAAUGUUCUUUAUAAGUUCAGGUCGUCAUACAAAUUAAACCAUAUAUUAUUUAUUAAUUAAAGUUAAUUUUAUUCAAAUCAACACAUUUUGCCACCCACACUUCUUCAAUUUCUAUGGGGCAUUCGACAAACUAUGUUCUCCAACUUUCACUAAAAACAGAUUGAUUCUUGAACUUGAACUGCCAGACGACCAAUACUUUACAGCUAUGAAACCAGGGAUAUUGUUUUUAAGCCACUACUGUACUGUAAAAAGGAUACUUUCGUGGCCGUCGACGCGCGUACGACUUAAGGAGUCGCUCGCAUUAGUUUUGCUUAAUUUUCUUCAAGCUCGUUGCCAUCUGGGUGGUUUUUGCCUUAUGUACUCUUGCGGGAAGAUCCAAUUCUCUACAUCGAAGUGAGUAUUGCUUAACUGCUUUCCCACGCUUUCUAAAGCAUCCUGCUGAUACACUUUUGUCCCAGGUUUAACCCCUUAUUCACACAGAGUCUCCAUUUGAGGAGAGUUACAUCACCUGGAUGGUAAUGAGUCGUUCGAGCUUUUUGCAUAGAUUUUGUCGCUGUGCUUAUUAAAAACAUCUUCAUCAUUAAAAGUUUUUUCAUCAACAAAAAGUAUACUUUCAUGGCCGUUGAAGGGUGCCACUGAAGAAGCCGCUUACAUCAGUUCAACCUAAUUUGCUUCCAGCGCGUUGUCAGAAGAUUGCCAGUUGAUCUCGGUAUACUUUCAUGUGAAGAUUAUCUCGAAUGGGUCGUGCCUUAAUAUGAUCGAUAUAUCCAAUUUUCCUGACAAAAGGUGCUGUUAUCUAUGAGGAUUUCUCCGAAUGCAUUAACAAACAGUUUUUGUAGCUGAAUUAAAGC